UUUGUGAGAUUUUUGAAGCUGCUAGGGUGCACGAUAGCCGACACGGGCGAGAAGCCUGGCUCAAAGAAAACCUCUACGGGGAAAAAGAACAUAAUUUUUAGCAGCAAAAGGCAUUUAAGACGAGAAAACGAGCUAGAGACGGAUCGACAGAAUGUUCUAGAAUUGGUCAUGUGAUGUGGAGAGACCAGUUAUGUGGCACUUUUGAAAAAAAACACUCUGACGUACGUCUUUGUUUUUUUUAUGAUUUUGAGGUCUUGUACUAAAAAUGAUUUAUUUUAGCAGGUAUUAACUGGAUCCAAAGACACAGUUUGGGGGAAAAUACCUUUUAUUGUGUUCGUUAUCGUAGUAUUUUUCCCUUCGAAUGAAAAGAAAACGAGAAAGGAGAGCACGUGAAGGAGAUUGACCAAUCGGAGACCGAGCUCCGAGUAGAACGGUAUAAAUAAGCGGGCGGGCGGCUGUGUGAGCCGUUGGUCCGCCAUUUGAAGACUCUUUUGGGCCGUCUUUCUGAGAAAUAUAAGUAACGUAAAAAUAAAUAAAUAAAGCGAGUCGUUUGAUUUUAAGACUUUAUUUUGAAGCAGUGUUAACGUAAGCUUCCUGUAUCCUGGGUAAAGAAACGUGAAGAUCCUGCUUUGGCCGGCUUUCCAGCAGAAGUUCUUCGGCACAGAAACGUCUGUCUCAGGGUCGGCAGUUUAAAACGUUCGUUGUUGUGCCCGAGACGGAAAGUGUGAAACAAGCAGAGGAUGUGUAAUGAGAGCUGAGCUGCCCACCAGACAUAGUUUCCGAAAUUCUCCUGUCUGCGCCUGUUGCCCUUUGGGGCACACUCGACCAUGUCGGACGUGAUUCUCACCAUGAAGGGUAACCCCCCUCCCCCCGAGUGUAAGAACCCCAAAAAGCCAGGGCGGCUCACUAACCAGUUGCAGUACCUUGAGAAGGUGGUGGUCAGAGCUCUCUGGAGGCAUCACUUCUCCUGGCCCUUCAGGCAGCCUGUGGAUGCUGUGCAACUCAACCUGCCUGAUUAUUAUACAAUCAUUAAAAACCCAAUGGACUUGAACACCAUCAAAAAGCGUCUUGAAAACAAUUACUAUUGGAAGGCAAUGGAAUGUAUUGAAGACUUCAACACAAUGUUCACAAACUGCUAUAUGUACAAUCGGCCAGGAGAUGAUAUAGUGUUGAUGGCUCAAGCACUUGAGAAGCUGUUCCUGGAGAAGGUGGCCGAGAUGCCCCAGGAAGAGUGUGAGGUUACUGCAGUCACCAACAAGGCACCACUAAAAGGAAGGAGGAAGUCAACUACAGGACUGGGGAAAAUGAGGCCACAGUCUCCUGUCUCUGAGGUGGUCUUCCAGCAGACUGUGACAGUCAUCCCUCCUGAAGCUCUUCACACAAUCUCCUCCACUCCUCUGUCUACUCAUCUUGAAGCCAAAUUGAAAAAGGGUGUGAAAAGGAAAGCAGAUACCACAACCCCCACUGCCUCCACCAUCACCAGCAGCGAGUCAUCGCCUUGUGUGACAGAAACAAAAGUCCUGAAGUUGUUCUCCCGGCGAGGGAGCGGUAGGCCCAUCAAACCGCCACGCAAGGACCUGCCCGAGUCCCCCCAGCAGCACCAGGUGGGCCGCAAAGCUAAGCUCUCAGAAAGACUCAAAUACUGCAAUGGCAUCUUAAAGGAGUUGUUCGCCAAGAAACACGCCAUCUACGCCUGGCCUUUCUACAAGCCUGUGGAUGCCGAAGGGCUCGGCCUUCAUGACUAUCAUGACAUUAUCCAUGAACCAAUGGACUUGAGCACCAUUAAAAGAAAGAUGGACAACCGCGAUUACGCAGAUGCAUCUCAGUUUGCCGCAGAUGUCCGGCUCAUGUUUUCAAACUGUUACAAGUACAACCCACCUACCCAUGAGGUUGUGGCCAUGGCCAGAAAGCUGCAGGAUGUUUUUGAGUCACGCUUUGCCAAGAUCCCAGAUGAGCCGAGGGUUUUGGGUCAAGGCCAGCCCCAUGUGCCCAAGAGGGGGAAGAAAGAGAGAGCAGACAGCUCGUCCAGCUCUGACAGCAGCGACACAGAAUCCUCUCACUCAGAAAGCUCAUCUGACUCUGAGGUAGAUGAAGAUGAAGAGGAGAGAGCACAGCGCCUGGCUAAUCUCGAGGAGCAGCUGAAAGCAGUGCGAGAACAGCUGCAGUUACUGACCCAAACACCUCUACUUAAACCAAAGAAGAAAGAGAAAUUGAAGAAGGAGAAAAAAAAGAAAAAAAGCAAAAGAAAGGGUGAUGGAAUGAGGAGUACAGUUCCAUCAAAAGUGCAAAAGAGGGCCAGCAGCAGCAAGUCAACCGGGCAAAAUAAGGAUGGAGGGUAUGAGUCUGACGAAGAACCUGCUCUGCCCAUGUCCUAUGAGGAGAAGCGCCAGUUGAGCCUGGACAUCAACAAGCUCCCUGGGGACAAACUUGGAAAAGUUGUGAACAUAAUCAAGGCCAGAGAGCCCGCAGUCAGAGACACGGAUCCUGAGGAGAUUGAGAUUGACUUUGAGAUGCUCAAGCCGUCUACGCUUCGAGCACUGGAAAGCUUUGUCAUGACCUGCCUCAGGAAGAAGCCCAAGAAACCUAACCAGAAAAAGCCCCAGAAGUUCAAACCGGAGAAGAUGAAGGAGACUGAGAAACAGAAUGUCAGUGAAGAGUUGAGCUCGACCAAGAGGACCAAGGCCAAGAGUGAGUCAGCAGAGCUGAAGGAUUUGGCACGGUCGUCCCGCCUCAGCGACAGCAGCAGCACCUCUGACUCCAGCUCAGACAGCAGUAGUACUGACUCUAGCUCUUCUGAUAGCAGUGACUCUGACUCAGAGCAGAAAGCUAAGAAGAAGCAAAACAAAGCCCCUGGUCAUGGCAACAAAAGUAAAAACAAGGCAUCGAAGCGGAGCAUUCACCCUGUGCUGAAGGAGCCUUGCCGGGUGCGACUUACGUCUGGGCAGGCUCUGCCCUCGGCAGCAGACUCCAAAAAGCCGUCUGCGCAAACGGAAACGGAGCAGGUUGCCAAGCCACCUGCUGAGGAGGCUGUUCCAGCACCGGCAGCCCUGCAUAGUCGGCUGCCUCCUCAACCUUCCAGACCCAGUGCCAAAGCGGCUCCUCUGAUUCGCAAAACCCGGACGGCCCCCCUGCUGCCCCUUACCGUGCCCCCAGAACAGGGCCCCCAUCCUCCGCCUCCUGCCCCCUCCCUCUGCAGCCUCAUAACAGCCCCACCCAAACAUUCCCCACCCUCUGCCUGCCCGCAUCCAUCUGCCUCACCCAGUCAGCCCCAGAGUGCACAGAGUGCCAUAGAUCCCACCUCCCCACACACUUCCCCAGCCCUGCCUCACUCUGUCUCGAAGGAGCCCUACGAUGGCCCCCCUGCUGCCUCAGAGAAGCCUCUGCUGAAGGCUCAGCAGGAAGGUUUCCCUGCCCUUCUUUCUCCACUCACCUCUCCUCCUAGCCUGACCUCCACAAACCCAGCCCCAUCUGGUGUAAAAUCACAGCCCAUCACCAAGGAGCAGUGUCCAGGGCUGUCCCCGCAGCCUCAUGUAAAGGAGGAGCAGGGAAAUCCAGGCGCGGUGAGGGAGUCUCUGGCUCAGCUGCACAAAACACCUGGGGCUAAACUUGCAGAAGGAGGCGAAGUGUGCAAAUCCAGCGAAGAUGUCAAACCCAGUGUCCCUAAGACGGAAAUCGUUCUAAAGAAUGCAGACUCAUGGACGAGCCUGGGCAAGAUGGCCACUCUUGCUCCCUCCACCAUCCGGUCAUCUAAGGAGAGUUUUCAGCAAUUCCGCAAGGUUGCCAUGGAGAAGGAGGAGCGAGAGCGGGCCCGUAAACUCCAGCUGGAGGCAGGCCGAGAGAGGAGUGUCACAGACAAGAGCAGUCUGACACAGCAGCUUGCUAAGUCCAAACUGGAGAGCCAGGCCUCAAAGCUGGAGGUGGAGUCUGCAGAGCUUCCCCUGAUGGCAGCUAUCUUAGAUACACCAAAAGCCCUUGAACCCCCCACUCCUUCACAAUGCUCUGUGGACCCUGAGAGAGAAAUGGCCCGCAAGAGAGAGCAGGAGAGACGCAGACGAGAAGCUAUGUCUGGAAUCAUCGACAUGACCAUGCAGAGUGACAUCAUGGCAACCUUCGAGAACAACCUCGACUGAGACAGCUGUAACAUAACAUUUUUUGAUGUUUAAAAAAAAUGCUACUGUUCAGUGAACAAAGCAGUCUGUCUCCUCUCCCCUUUCUGAAGAGUUCGAGUCCUGGCGACUGAAACGGGUUUAUAGCACUUCACCAGGGGCAAAAUCUUACAAUAUAGUAACCUCAUUUUACUUUGGCACAUUUGUACUAAAGUGGCUGUCAUAAAAUGAAGAAAAGAAAGGUAGUACUGUAAAGCGUAGGAUGUCAGCAGAGUUCAAUGCACCUUUAUUUUUUUUCUUUUUCUUUUUGUAUUUUUUUUUUUUUCUGGUUCUAAAAUACCUGCACUGAGUUUACUGCUUACUUUGUGAAGGGCAGUUUACUAAAACGAAGGGUAAUAUGGAAGAAAAUGUCAGUUGCACCUCAAAUAUAUGUUUUACUUGCAUCUGUUACCUUCUGUAUCUUUUGUUUUCUAUUUUUUGUACUGAAGUGUUUUUGUAACAUAUCAUUUGUCACAUUCUAUAGAUAUAUCUACUGUAUGUUUAAGAUAUCGCUGGUCUUCUCACGCUAGCUGUCGACAGAACUGUUGUGGCUACUUCUGUAUGGCCUUCAAUUCCUGUUUCUCACGUUUGUCCUCAUUCAGUGAGUAAACAAAAAUGCUCUGUGCUCCAGUUUGCAGAUUUUUGAUGGUCUUAUGUUAUCAAGGUUUUCUGUUUUAUUUUUUUUUAUUUUUUAUUUUUUUGUAAAAGUAAUAUGUAUGUGGAAGAAAUAUUUUGAUUUAUGUUAAUAAGUAAAGUAAUUAUAUUAGUAUUUGUUAUUCAGAGGACAGAUGUUAUAGAUUUGCCAGAUGUCAGUUUUCUAUUAAUGAAAAUUGUUUAGGUGGAAUAUAAGCUUUCUUUUGUUUUGUUUUUUUUUCUACUAUGUCCUAUUGGAAGAACAGUGCCAUUACAUUGUGAAUCUGUCUGAGAGACUGGGCAUGGAGGUCCCUGAAGGUAGCAGCUUUUCUUGUCCUGUGCUGAGUUUUAGUCAGGCCUGGGGCUGGGCUCAGAGGACGCAGUGCAGUGCUGGGCCUGUCACAGUCAAUUCUGCAGCGCUUUACCUUCUGCGCGCACACCCACACACAUACAUGCACUUCCCCACACAAGCACUUUACUAUCCCGACAGAAAUGAGGGAAGCAAAACUAAUGUAUUAUUUCAAAGUUAAGCUAAAUCAAUUAAAAAGGUAUUUUCAUUUAAA